AUGGUGUACAUGUCGGAAACAAUUGGCGAUGUGAAGGAACACAUUUAUCAAGUAGAGGGGUUACCACCUGAUCGAAUACAUUUGAUCUUUGAUGGAAGAUAUCUAGACGAUGGUAAAACUUUGAAGGAUUAUAACAUCAAAAAAGAUUCUACAUUGCACUUGCAUCCGAGGAUGAGAGGUUAUAUUUUUGUUAAGACUUUAACAGGGGAGAUCAAGCUGGAUGUGAAAAGCUCAGAGACCAUUGGUGAUGUAAAGGCAUCGAUUCAGAAGAUAGAAGGGAUUCCACAGCAUCAACAGCUUUUAAUCAUUGAUGGAAAGAUCCUCGAGGAUGGUAAAACUUUGAAGGAUCAUAACAUCAAAAACGAAUCUACAUUGGAACUGGUUAUGAAGGCGGGAGGAGAUACUAUUCGGAUUUUUAUCACGACAUUUACAGGUAAGACAAUCACGUUGGAGGUGGAGAGGUCAGACACCAUUGAUAUUGUGAAGUCAAAGAUUCAGGAAAUAGAAGGGAUUUCACGACAUCGUCAGCGCUUGAUAAUUGCUGGAAAGUACCUCAAGGAUGAUGCGACUUUAAUGGAUUAUAAGAUCCAACAAGGAUCUACCUUGGAUCUGGUUAUGAGGUUGGGAGGUGAUAUGAGGAUUUAUGUUAAGGUUUUGACAUGGAAGACGAUCACCCUGGAGGUGAAAAGCUCAGACACCAUUAAUGACGUGAAGGUAAAGAUUGAGGAGAAACAGGGAAUUCCUCCUCUUCAGCAGGAACUUAUAUUUGAUGGGAAAGAGCUACAAGGUUAUUGGAAUCUGGCUUAUUAUAAUAUCCAACCCGAGUCUACUCUCAAGCUUCUUCUGCGACUUUGA